UCUCCAAGAUUUACCUUUUAUUUCUAAAAGUACUAUUGUCACAGUAUAAUCAAUUUGGAGAUGAGGUUUCUCUCUCUGCCAGUGACAAGGAAUACUGGUCAGAGAUUUUGGAAAAACAAUGUUUGUUCCAUAUGUAAGAGAUAUGCCUCCAACCAAACAAAUCAGUAUCCUCUGUCGGUAGCCUCAACCAAACUUCGUGCUGGCGGCCCUGUCAGAACUCGGUUUGCCCCAUCCCCUACCGGAAAUCUGCAUUUGGGUUCUAUGAGAACAGCACUCUUCAAUUUUCUGCUCGCAAAGGCUACUGGUGGUCAAUUUCUUUUACGGAUUGAAGACACGGAUACGGAUAGAACUGUUCCUGGGGCCGAAGAGCGUCUGUACCGAGAUCUAGAAUGGGCUGGUAUCCAAUGGGAUGAAGGUCCGAAAGUUGGUGGACCAUUUGCCCCAUACAGGCAGUCAGAACGAAAAGCGAUGUAUUGGGAACAUGCUCAAACACUCGUCGAGGCAGACUUAGGCUACAGAUGUUUCUGCUCAUCCAAAAGACUACACGAACUACGGGUUUAUCAGAGUAGCAAGGGCCUCCCACAGGCCUAUGAUGGAACUUGCAGACACAUUCCAAAGGAUCAAUCUGACGAGAAGGCAUCGAGGGGAGAAUCUCACGUGAUCAGAAUGAAAGUUCCAGAACAAUGGCCAGGCUUCCAGGAUGUAGUUUACGGUAAAAUCAGACCGACCUUGACUCGUAGCCCUCAAUCGGAAUUUAAGGAAUUUCAGGAUCCAAUCAUGGUAAAAUCGGAUGGAUUUCCAACCUAUCAUUUGGCAAACGUUGUGGACGAUCAUUUCAUGAAGAUCACACAUGUUGUUCGAGGAUCGGAAUGGAUCCCGUCAACUCAUAUGCAUGUCGCUAUGUAUAAAGCGUUUGGGUGGGAGCCGCCCACCUUUGCACAUGUUGGCCUCCUUUUGAAUAAAGAGCGAAAGAAGCUUAGCAAACGAGAUGGUGCUAUUGAUAUCAAAACCUAUCGAGAUGCAGGGUAUUUUCCAGAAACUAUAACAAACUUUGUCGCUCUUCUUGGAUGGUCACACGAUCGAUCCUACGAUGUAAUGGGUAUGCAGGAACUUAUAGACAAUGCAAGCAUGAAAUAUACCAGAGGUGACUCUGUGGUAACAUUUGAAAAGCUUAACUUCAUACAAAGAAAACACGCCGCAAGAUAUAAGGAAUUACGACGAUCAGAUGAACCUAUCCCGCCUUCUCAAGAUCUCAUAGAAUUAGCUGCAAAGCCAAUCCUCAAUCGUAUGAAAAUUCUUCCAGAAUUUGAAGAAUUAAUCUUCUACAACUGUGAGAACAACGAUGCCGCAAAGGAGAACUACAUCCUCGCUAUAAUCAGCGCUGGAAUUCAAAACUACACACUCCCCGAAACCUUCUACUCCAACCAUAAAUACUUUUUCGCAGCCCCCACAACUCUCGAUCUUGAAUCUAGAACCCCGCCCCACAAGCUCCACUCCGCUCCCGAGGGGGUAAUUUACCCUGUCCCCUCCGACUUCACCAAUUCCUUCGACGCUUUAUCCUCCAUUUCCCCUGAAAAUUGGAAUGCCCCUGAACUAAAAGGUUUUACUAACCUUGUCGUCGAUCAAGGAACCAUGUUGAGCACUGCUGAAUUCACUGCUAGCGGAAAACCAUACACCGAAGAUGCCCAAAAAGUUAUCAAGAAGAGUUGGAUGAAACUCGUGCAUGCGUAUCUUAGGUGGGCGAUUGCGGGAGGUCAGAGUGGACCGGAUACGGCGGAUAUUAUGGCGAUUUUGGGGAGGGAGGAGUCCCUUAGACGAUUAGGGGCUGCAAAAAAGAUUAUGGAGGAUCGUCUGAGGACGCUUGAGAAAGCUGAAGUUGUGUAGAAUUAAAAUAGUAGAUUGUUGAUAAAUGAUAGUAUACCGAAGACCGAACAAUUGAAAGUAUAAACAUAUCGAGGAUGACUAGUCACGAGUGUUGGCAAAAAAAUCAAAUAGAAUUUGUGGUGGGAAAUGUAUAGAUCAUAUCGAUGCCGUGAAUCAUAACUUCAUUUCUCCCCACUCUAAACUACUGUGGCCGGUGUAUAUUUUAGACCUUAAAACGCCAUCACAAACCCAUGCGCCAGAGCAAUGCUCACAAGAGCUUACCAAAUAUCAUGUGUCCUAAAUCCAUUAUUCCGCUGCUGGAACAGCUGGGACAAGUGGAGCAGCAGGAUCAGCUGCAGUCUUUGGCGCCGCGCCUAACCCGUUGAAAAGCUGCGCUUUGACCUCACCAGCCUUCAGGCCUGUCAUCUCUUCCCCGGCAAUCUUGCUACUGUCCUUGACAACCUUCACCAAUUGUUGAUCCAUUCCCCUACUCAACGAUGAUCCGGCAGUUGUUCUUCCAUUGCGACUAAUACCAGAACUGGCUUGUCGAAUCUUAGAGCUCAAAUCAAGCAUCUGCUUGCUGCUGUAUUCGCGGUUGGUAAACAAAGGACUUUGACUCAAUGUUUGAACCCAAUAUUUGUUCCACAAUAAUUCCAGAAGAUGUGAAUCUAAUGAACUCUUGAAAUGUGAGACUUCUAAAGAGUAGUAUCUGCUGCUGUGCGCACCAAAAUCCUCAAUCUUCGCCAGGGGGAUGGUUUGAUAUCCAUCACCAGAUCCUGCAUCCGUGGGCUUGUAAUUUUCGGGAUAAGUUCUGAAAGCCCCGAUUUCGACUUUUCCAGCAGAGAUGGUGCGAUCGGGAUCAAUAACCACAGCCAGGAAGGGAUCCGAAAACAUCUGUUGCGUGGCUUGUGUUCCAACAUCAAUACCACUCAACCAACAUCCAUAGCCUGGAUGACUAUGAUACCACCCCACCGCAUUCUCCAAUUUGCCCUGAUCUCUACAGUGUUGUAGAUACUCAACCAUGUAUUCGUUUGCCUCGUCCUGGGCAUUGACUCGAGUCUCUGUUCCCUCGACGGGUAGACGGAAUGCAUCCGUAACAAUGAUAGUAUCGCCUGCGAUCUUUCCUUGCAUCAGACCCAUCACUUCGAUAGAACCACCUGAUCGAGCGUGCAUGACCAUUUUUAAGAGGGCAACAGCGGAGAUCCGGACGUUUUUGAAAUGGUGAGGAUCGGUUUUCCAGGGCUUAGCAUCCUGAAUAGCCUUUUGUUCCUCCGGGUCGUAGGUGUAGAGGGCGUCGCGGUUGGGGUCCACGAGUUGGACAUUGUUGUCAAGCUCCCAGGUCUUGAAAGCGGUAUCCAUGAUUGAUGGAUAACGUCCCCUUGGAAGGAGUUUCAGUCGUAAGUAUUGGUCCUUUGUCGAAGUUGGUUAUGAUGAUUGAGAAGGCUUAAGGGCAGCCGGGUGACAAUGUUUCCAGUGAUCUAUUGUCCUGAUGAUGUAGGGUGGAGGUUGGAGAGCUUGGAUUAUUUAAGGAAUGUUAACUUAAUUUCCCACUGUAUUGCAGCCUUGUGAGCUAUGCUCGGUACUCAGAUGGCGUAUUAGAAGUAUUCACCCGACCUACUGUGGUAAGCUCGAUCUCUUUCC